GCUGCAGGUGGGGCGCGCGCCCGACGGCCGGGGCUCCCCUGUGAGCGGCCGCGGCUGGUGCGCCUGCCCGGGGGGCUGCCGCGUCGGCGCCGCUGAGGCCGAGGACGACCGCGGACCGCCCGCUCUCCCCCGCUCAAACCGGGAUCAUGACGGUCCCCAAGGAGAUGCCCGAGAAGUGGGCCCGGGCCGGGGCGCCCCCCUCCUGGAGCAGAAAGAAGCCCUCUUGGGGGACAGAAGAAGAAAGGAGGGCACGAGCCAAUGACCGAGAAUACAACGAGAAGUUCCAGUAUGCGAGUAACUGCAUCAAAACCUCCAAGUACAAUAUUCUCACCUUCCUGCCCGUCAACCUCUUUGAGCAGUUCCAGGAAGUUGCCAAUACCUACUUCCUGUUCCUUCUCAUUCUGCAGUUGAUCCCGCAGGUGUCUUCCCUGUCCUGGUUCACCACCAUCGUGCCUUUGGUUCUUGUCCUUGCCAUCACAGCUGUGAAAGAUGCCACUGAUGACUAUUUCCGCCACAAGAGUGAUAACCAGGUGAAUAACCGGCAGUCUCAAGUGCUCAUCAAUGGAAGCCUCCAGCAAGAGCAGUGGAUGAAUGUCUGUGUUGGUGAUAUUAUCAAGCUAGAAAAUAAUCAGUUUGUGGCGGCGGAUCUCCUCCUCCUUUGCAGCAGUGAGCCCCAUGGCCUGUGUUACAUAGAGACAGCAGAACUUGAUGGAGAGACCAACAUGAAAGUGCGCCAGGCAAUCCCAGUCACCUCGGUUGGAGACAUCAGUAGGCUCGCCAAGUUUGAUGGUGAGGUCGUCUGCGAGCCUCCCAACAACAAGCUGGACAAGUUCAGUGGGACCCUUUACUGGAAGGAGAGCAAGUUCCCCCUGAGCAACCAGAACAUGCUCCUGCGAGGCUGCGUGCUGCGGAACACCGAGUGGUGCUUUGGGCUGGUCGUCUUUGCAGGUCCUGACACUAAGCUGAUGCAGAACAGUGGCAGGACCAAGUUCAAGAGAACAAGUAUUGAUCGCCUAAUGAAUACACUGGUGCUCUGGAUUUUUGGAUUCCUGGUGUGUAUGGGGGUGAUCCUAGCCAUUGGCAAUGCCAUCUGGGAGCAUGAGGUUGGGACACGCUUCCAGGUUUACCUGCCCUGGGACGAGGCAGUGAACAGUGCCUUCUUCUCUGGCUUCCUCUCCUUUUGGUCUUACAUCAUCAUCCUCAACACCGUUGUGCCCAUAUCGCUCUAUGUCAGUGUGGAAGUCAUCCGCCUGGGCCACAGCUACUUCAUCAAUUGGGACAAGAAAAUGUUUUGUGCGAAGAAGCGGACACCUGCUGAGGCGCGCACCACCACCCUGAACGAGGAGCUGGGUCAGGUGGAGUAUGUGUUUUCUGACAAGACGGGCACCCUCACCCAGAACAUCAUGGUCUUCAGCAAGUGCUCCAUCAGCGGCCACAGCUACGGGGACGUGUUUGAUGUCCUGGGACACAAGGCUGAAUUGGGAGAGAGACCAGAGCCCGUCGACUUCUCCUUCAAUCCUCUGGCCGACAAGAAGUUCUUAUUUUGGGACUCUACGCUCUUGGAGGCUGUCAAGAUGGGGGACCCCCACACGCAUGAGUUCUUCCGCCUCCUUUCUCUGUGUCAUACUGUUAUGUCAGAAGAAAAGAACGAAGGGGAGCUGUACUACAAGGCUCAGUCCCCGGACGAGGGGGCCCUGGUCACCGCAGCCAGGAACUUCGGUUUUGUAUUCCGCUCUCGCACCCCCAAAACCAUCACUGUCCACGAGAUGGGCACAGCCGUCACCUAUCAGCUGCUGGCCAUCCUGGACUUCAAUAACAUCCGCAAGCGGAUGUCAGUCAUCGUGCGCAAUCCAGAAGGGAGGAUCCGACUCUACUGCAAAGGGGCUGACACUCUCCUGCUGGACAGACUCCACCCGUCCACCCCGGAGCUGCUUAGCACCACCACUGACCACCUGAAUGAGUAUGCAGGGGAAGGGCUGAGGACCCUGGUUCUGGCCUACAAGGAUCUGGAUGAAGAGUAUUAUGGGGCAUGGGCCCAGAGGCGGCUGCAAGCCAGCCUGGCCCAGGACAGCCGGGAGGACAGGCUGGCCAGCGUGUACGAGGAGGUUGAGAGCGACAUGGUGUUGCUGGGUGCAACAGCCAUUGAGGACAAGCUUCAGCAGGGGGUCCCGGAGACCAUUGCCCUCCUGACGCUGGCCAACAUCAAGAUUUGGGUACUGACUGGAGAUAAGCAAGAGACGGCCGUGAACAUCGGCUAUUCUUGCAAGAUGCUGACGGACGACAUGACAGAGGUGUUCGUGGUCACUGGCCACACUGUCCUGGAAGUACGGGAGGAGCUCAGGAAAGCCCGGGAGAAGAUGAUGGAUGCGUCCCACUCGGUGGGAAACGGCUUCACUUGCCAGGAGAGGCGUUCGUCCGCCAAGCUCACCUCUGUCCUGGAGGCCGUGGCUGGCGAGUAUGCUCUGGUCAUCAAUGGGCACAGCCUGGCCCAUGCGUUGGAGGCAGACAUGGAGCUGGAGUUUCUGGAGACAGCCUGUGCGUGCAAAGCUGUCAUCUGCUGCCGCGUGACCCCUCUACAGAAGGCACAAGUGGUGGAGCUGGUUAAGAAACACAAGAAAGCCGUGACCCUCGCCAUUGGGGAUGGAGCCAACGAUGUCAGCAUGAUCAAAACGGCUCACAUUGGCGUGGGCAUCAGUGGACAGGAGGGCAUCCAGGCUGUGCUGGCUUCCGACUACUCCUUCUCCCAGUUCAAGUUCCUGCAGCGCCUCCUGCUGGUCCACGGGCGCUGGUCCUACCUGCGCAUGUGCAAGUUCCUCUGCUAUUUCUUCUACAAGAACUUUGCCUUCACCAUGGUCCACUUCUGGUUUGGCUUCUUCUGCGGCUUCUCUGCCCAGACCGUCUACGAUCAGUAUUUUAUCACCCUUUAUAACAUCGUGUACACGUCCCUUCCGGUCCUAGCCAUGGGGGUCUUUGACCAGGACGUCCCUGAGCAACGGAGCAUGGAGUAUCCUAAGCUGUAUGAACCAGGCCAGCUGAACCUGCUCUUCAACAAACGCCAAUUCUUCAUCUGCAUUGCCCGAGGCAUCUAUACCUCCGUGCUCAUGUUCUUCAUCCCCUAUGGGGUGUUUGCUGAGGCUACUCGGGAUGAUGGCACCCAGCUGGCUGACUACCAGUCCUUUGCAGUCACUGUGGCUACUUCAUUGGUCAUCGUGGUCAGCGUGCAGAUUGGGCUGGACACAGGCUACUGGACAGCCAUCAACCACUUCUUCAUCUGGGGCAGCCUAGCUGUUUACUUCGCCAUCCUCUUUGCCAUGCAUAGCAAUGGGCUCUUCGAUAUGUUUCCAAACCAGUUCCGGUUUGUGGGCAAUGCCCAGAACACCCUGGCCCAGCCCACUGUGUGGCUGACCAUCACUCUCACCACGGUCGUCUGCAUCAUGCCUGUUGUCGCCUUCCGGUUCCUUAAGCUGAGUCUGAAGCCUGAUCUCUCUGACACGGUCCGCUAUACCCAGCUGGUGAGAAAGAAGCAGAAGGCCCAGCACCGAUGCCUGCGGCGGGUGGGCCGCACCAGUUCACGUCGCUCGGGCUACGCCUUCUCCCACCAGGAGGGCUUCGGGGAGCUCAUUAUGUCAGGCAAGAACAUGCGGCUCAGCUCCCUGGCACUGGCCAGCUUUGCCACGCGCUCCAGCUCCAACUGGAUCGAGAGCCUGCGCAGGAAGAAGAGUGACAGUGCCAGCAGCCCCUGCGGUGCGGCCGACAAGCCUCUCAAGGAGUGAUGGCAACCGCAGGGCAGUCCAGCCGUGAGGGGCCAGCUACUUGGGACUGCAGGCCCCCAGCCAUGCUUGCAUCCCUCCCUGCAGAGUGUCCCAUUGGCAUCUCCGGGCGGGGGGGGCUGGGAGACAGGGGGCCCAAGGGCAGUGCAGAGGCAGGGCCAGCAGGAGCCACCUUGGGAAGGGAUCAGAUGUGGAACCCAAACCGGGAAGAGAUUGAGAUUGGUCUGCCCCUGCCCUGCCUGGAGCCCCUGGGGAGACUGUAAUCUCUGUAUUUUUUUACUCCCACUCCCCAGAGGGGCCGAGAGCCCCUGUUCCUGAAUCACACAAGAAUGUAUCCUGCCGGGAAGCCAGCGGCCUGCUGGGGCCUGUGGGCCCCUCAUGUUGUGUAUGUCUCUCCUUGAUUUGUGGUCAUGUCCAGUUUGGUUUUGUGUUUUUUAUUUGGCAAGAGGAAGGGGCCUCUGAACGACUUCUGUGUUGUGGAAAGAGGAACCUGGCCCCCAGGAGCGCCCCACCAGGCUGGAUGGCGGGACUUGGGAUCCCGAUGCUCAGGGGCACCUCCAUCCAGCUGCAGAGCCCUCUAUUGGGUCUGGCUGAGGUGGGAUGCACUGUCCCCCUGAUAGGCUGACUCCCUCCUCACCUUGAGGGGGAUGUGCUGUUCCUUCCCCUGACACAAGUAUCAGUCCCUGGACCCAUGAGUCCUGCUGGUUUCGGGCUCCCCGUCAUUUUCACUGAGCUGGGUGUAAGAUGCAGUCCAAAAAAAGAGAUUCUGUUCAUUUUAGAUGUGGAUCUGGGUUCAUCAGAGUGUGUCUGUCUUCCCUCCUCCAUUUGGCAUGUUCCUGCACUGAACAAGUGGAACCCAGCCCUCUGGGCCCAGCAUGGUCCAGGCAGCAGACAGUGGUGUGGGAGGAGGAGGGGGAUGAGGCGAGGCAGGACCCACUGGCUGGCUUCCAUGGGGUUGGGGGCUGGGGUAGCAGUGCCUGGCAGGGUCCGGUGUGGCUGUCCUUUCUCCCCACCAUCUACACCCCAAAUGAGGCUUCUCUCGAGUUAGUUGUUACCAGUUCAGUGUUGGUAGUAUGGGAGGUGCUAAGGACUGGUGUGGAGUGGGGAGAGCUGUGCAGGUGUCCUUUGGGGGCCUCCAGGGAGGUGGGCCAGGUGGGGGGGGU